AUGAAGCUGAUAAGAAUGCAAGCCGGCAUUAGUAAAAGAUCUGUGGUUGUGCAUCAAAUUCAUUUAUUUCGAAGUCCGAAGGAGUGUCGUGCAGGAACCUUCAAUCUGAUAAUCCUGAUUGGUGAAGGGAACUGGCUUCACGCAACGGCUAGUCUGGCCUCAAACUUGUGCGACGUUGGGUUGGAGUCCGGGAGUGUGUUUGGGGGAGGAACCGAGUCCGAAGUCCGGGGUAGUGCUUCACCAAAAGAGAAUGCUUUGGGGAAACACUCGCCUGUUCCUGCCGUCAAAGAUAGAUUCGCUGCACAACAGUUCAAGUCAGCCACGGCCCGUUUGAUCAGGAAACUCUUCGUUGCACUAAACCGCUCCGCUCGUAUUGAGCUCCAUAUCAGCAUUUUCAAGGUAUCUAUUACUCUGGUUGAGGUGAAGCAAGCGAAGCUGAAGUGGCAUUGGUGCGGAUAUUACGGCUUGCCCCGAAUACCUACGGUGGGAGCUAAUGCACUAUGUUGGAGUCUAGUGGCAUGCAUUACUAGUGAGAGCCGAUAA